GGAAGGAGGCAGUUAUACCGGGCCUCUGUGGGGUGUCCGGGUAGCGUGGCGGUCUAUUCCAUUGCCUACCAACACAGGAAUCGCUGGUUUGAAUCCCCAUGUUACCUCCGGUUUGGUCGGGCGUCCCUACAGACACAAUUGGCCGUGUCUGCAGGUGGGAAGCCAGAUAUGGCUGAUGAGAUGGGUUCAGUGGCAACGGAGGCUAAGGAUGAGCCAAGGACUGAGUUCACUUACUGCUGCGGUGCCAUCACAGAAGUUCUCAAAUUUGGUGCCUGUCACUUAGUUCCCGGACACAAGGUGCUUUUUCUUAUCAUUCCAGGUAACCCAGGUGUGGUGGGCUUCUACAGAACCUUCAUGCAGACACUUUACAAUAUGUUUGGGAGCGACCACCCGGUAUGGGCUGUAAGCCAUGCUGGCCACUGUGUGCCCCCUGACACUAUGGACAUGGUUGAAGACAGUACCUCAGCAGAAGAGGCGGAUGUGUUUGGACUUAACGGGCAGAUUGAGCACAAACUGGUAUUCCUCAGGAAGCACGUUCCUCGGGCAGUGAGACUCGUCUUGGUGGGACACUCCAUUGGCUGCUACGUCAUAUUGGAGAUGAUGAAGAGAGAUCCUGAGCUUAAGGUCAUGAAGGCUGUCAUGUUGUUCCCCACCAUCGAGCGCAUGGCACAGUCUCCUCAGGGGAAGGUCAUGACACCUGUGCUGUGCCACAUGCGCUAUGUGGCCUACCUGCCCCUCUUCUUCCUCUCCCUGCUGCCUGAGGGACUCAAAACCACCCUGGUCAAGCUGGUAUUUCGCAGCAUUCGUUACCUGGACAACACAGUUGUCCAACCGACUGUUGGUCUCCUCAGUGGGGACUGCGCAGCUAAUGCUAUGUAUAUGGCCGGUCAGGAAAUGAAAACAGUACUUGAAAGAGAUGACAAAACAAUAAGGCAAAACCUUGAAAAGCUCGUGUUUUACUACGGCGCCUCGGACCACUGGUGUCCGACACAGUACCACGAUGACAUCAAGCAGGACUUCCCCGGUGCGGAUAUUCGACUCUGUGAAAAUGGCUUCCGUCACGCUUUCGUGCUGGAUGCAGGAAGAGAGGUUGCUAGCAUGGUUGCUGAAUGGAUCCAGGUUGCUUUUAGGCUGUGAAUUCUUGCUCUCUGCUCAUUCCAACUACUGUACAGCCUUCCUGUUCACAUGCUUUGAUGGACUCUAAUUCAUCAUGGUUCAUUACAUAAUUCACCACAUAAUUCAUAAUUCAUUAUGGUUCACCACAAAAUUCACUAGAUAAUUCAUCAUGGUUCACCACAAAAUUCACCACAUAAUUCAUCAUGGUUCACCACAAAAUUUAUCAUGGUUCACCACAUAAUUCACCACAUAAUUCAUCAUGGUUCACCACAUAAUUCACCACAUAAUUUAUCAUGGUUCACCACAUAAUUCACCACAUAAUUUAUCAUGGUUCACUAGAUAAUUCACCACAUAAUUCAUCAUGGUUCGCUACAUAAUUCACCACAUAAUUCAUCAUUGUUAACCACAUAAUUCAUCAUGGUUCACCACAUAAUUCCCCACAUAAUUCAUCAUGAUUCACCACAUAAUUCAUCAUGGUUCACCACAUAAUUCACUGGCAAGCUUGGAGGAAGGUGAUAUAUAUUCUAUGGAUUUUUUUUUGGGUUGUCAAUUUUGAAAUUUGAAUUGAGCAUUCCCUUCAAAAAAGUGUUGAAAUGUUAAUUAUAUUUUGAUUUUUUGCACCUAUCAGCUUGGUUCGGCUAAAUCAGUGAGGUCAUGCACCACGAUUACGCCACUGACAGAGACACAACUGAUUAAAAUGAUGAUGCCGUUGUUGUGACUUAUUCAAUUGUUAUUUUCACUAGAGAAAUGCAAGCGAGAGAAAAAUGUUAUUAAUCAACUUAAAUUUCCACUGGCUGUUAAACGUUUUAAUAUAUAACUUAAUUUUCAUUUGGUGAUAUUUUUGUAAAACCCUGUGUUGUAAGAGGACAAUGAAAUGACAAAAUACCAUAAAAAUGUUUUUUUUUGGGGCGGGGUUAUUUAUUUUAAAAUCCGAAGUGACUUUUCCAUAUGAAAAU